AGCAUGUAACCAAAACAGAAUCUCACUCUCCUUUUUACGAUUUGAUCGUGGACAAAAACAAAUAUGGUCCACAACCCAAAAUUCUGAAGGCCCCAGCAUUUAAUCAGAAAACAUGGUGCCCCAACAACUACCAAUAAUUGAGAAAGUUACUCUGUAAACAUGCCAAUGCAAAAGCUUACAAAUUUGUCAGAGAAGAACUCCACGUCUACGCGCAAUAAUUAUUAAUGCUCCUUUCUUCAUAACCAAUUAUACUAGCCUAGAUAAGAUUACCAGUUCCUCGCUGCAAAAAACCUUCCAUAAAAAAAAAACCAUCUUGUUCUCAACACUGAAUCCAAGGCAGCACCAAUGGCUGACCCUGUUAUCGGUGCCGCAAGUCAGGUCACCUUGGAAAGGGCACUGUCUCUUGCCUCUGAUAGGAUUGGUUUGCUAGUUGGGUUCAAGAAGGAUGUGGCCAGCAUGACACUUUCUCUCGGCUUUAUCAAAGAUGUCCUGGCUGAUGCCGAGGAAUGGCAAAACCAAAGCAGAGGAGUGCAACGAUGGUUGAAUAGUCUCGAGGAGGUGGCUUAUGAUGCUCAGAAUGUGUUGGAUGAGCUCCACUAUGAAUCUCUUCGUCACCAGGUGGAGUCCCGAAACCGACACAAGCUCAAGGUAUGCUGCUUCUUCUCCUUCUCUAACAUUAAUAUUGCUUUUCGCUGGAGAAUGGCUUCUAAGGUCAGGGACGUCAAACUGAAGUUGAAGGAGAAAAAUCAACAAGCCCGUGAGUUUAGACUGGACAGUAAGUCAGUCGUGCCUGCUGCCCUCCCUGCUGCUGUUGGAGACGCAAGAAAUCGGCAGACUGACUCUGUUCUUGUUCGAAUAAUUGGAAGAGCCGAUGAUGAAUCAAAGAUAGUGAAGAUAUUGUUGAGCCCGUCUAAGAAGGUUGUUUCUGUUCUUCCCAUAAUUGGUAUGGGAGGUCUAGGCAAAACAACUUUGGCUAAAUCGAUAUACAACAAUCAGCAAAUUGACGGGCACUUUAACAAAAAGAUUUGGGUUUGUGUAUCGAAAAAAGUUCCAAGGGUGGAGCUUUUCAAACUCAUUUUAUUGCAAUUGACGGGAGAAAAGGUUGACGGGGAUGAUAGGAAUGUCAUCGUUGGAAAAAUUCAAAAUCAACUAGGGGGAAAAAGAUAUUUCCUAGUCCUUGAUGAUGUGUGGGAUGAUGAUGAGGCAUUGUGGGAUGACUUUUUCACCACCUUGAAGGGACUAAAUCCAACUAAUGGAAGCUGGUGUCUGGUCACUACUCGUCCAGGUCCAGUGGCGCAGUGUGUGUCUAGAGUUCUGAGGAUGAUGGAAAAUGAAGCCUAUCCAUUAGGAAAACUACCUGAUGAUCAUUGUUGGUCCAUCGUAAAAGAAAAGGUAGUUGGAGAUGAAGAAGAACCUGAUGAACUAAAAGCAAUUAAAGAGAGAGUAAUCGAAAGAUGUGACGGUCUGCCAUUGGCUGCAAGUGUAAUCGGAGGUCUAUUAUCUUUAAAGAGAAAAGAGGAGUGGCGAUCAAUUUUGGAGAAUAGGCUUUUGAGUUUGAGUGCAGGUGGAGAUCAUGUGAUGCAAAUACUCAAGUUGAGUUUUGAUAAUUUGCCAUCACCAGCCGUCAAGAAAUGUUUUGCAUAUUGUUCUAUUUUUCCCCAGGAUACUGAGAUGGAAGGAGAUAUGCUGAUCGAACUUUGGAUGGCAGAAGGUUUCCUCCAUGCAGGUCUCGAGAACAAAACAAUGGAGGAAAUUGGAGAGUAUUACUUGGAAAUUUUAUUGCAGAGUUCUUUGCUGGAAGAAAUAAGAAAAUAUUGGGGAAGGUGUUAUAAAAUGCAUGAUAUGGUGCACAACCUUGCCGAGUCAAUGUCAAAGUCUACCAAAGUCAUUAUUGAUAGGGAUACACAUACAGUAGACAAUGGUAAUCAGAUUCGUUACCUUGCAAUAGACUUGUCUAGUGGUCGAGAAGACGGAGAAAAACUUUUGGAGAGUCUAUCAACUUCGCUUCAUACAUUGUUUGUAAAAGGUGACUUAUCUGGUGAUAUGUUAAUGAAGUUGAAGAACUUGUAUGUUUUGAAUUUGUCUCGUACAAGAACUCGAGAGCUACCAGUCUCAAUUGGCAAACUGAUACAUUUGCGGUACGUUAACCUUGAGCAGUCUUCAAUCAGUAUUUUGCCGGACUCCCUUUGCAAGCUUUAUAAUCUGCAGACACUGACGCUAAGUCACUCGGGUGUUGAAGAUCUUCCGAAGGGGAUGUGCGAUUUGGUUAGCUUGAGACAUCUCCACUAUAACACCAGUGAUGAAGAAUUUCAAAUGCCGCUAGAGAUGGGACGAUUGACUUGCCUUCAGACGCUAGAGUUCUUUAAGGUGGGUCGAGAGAAGGGUCGGCGAAUUGGAGAGCUUGGAAGCUUGAAGAACCUCAAAGGCGAAUUGGAGAUACGCAAUCUUCAACUAGUAAAGGAUAAGGAAGGAGUUGAGGAAGCAAAACUAUCUGAAAAGGCAAAUCUAUUUCGGCUGAAACUUAAGUGGGCCCCUAAUCGAGAAGGCGACAAUUACAACGAUGAAGAUGUGUUAGAUGGCCUUCGACCCCACCCAAAUUUGGAGAAGUUGGUAAUUAAGGAUUUUAUGGGCGAUCAAUUUCCACGAUGGUUAAUGCAAUUGCCAACAACGCUCCCCAAGUUAGCGCGUUUGGAGUUUUAUCGCUGCAACAGAUGCAGAGAACUCCAUCCCCUGCAAAACUUUACGUCUCUUAAAGAGCUGGUGAUUUGGAGUUGUGAUGGGUUGACGAAUCUGCCAGGUGACAUGCUACACUCUUGUGCCUCUCUCCAGCAGCUUCAGGUGAUUGGUUGCGACAAUCUUAUCUCCUUUCCGCUUGAUUUGCAACAAACGCCUUCUCUCUUGGAGCUGGAAUUAUACAGGUGUCCCAAACUAAAAACAAGCAUGACGCCCAAAGGAUUUGGUUUCCUAACCAGCUUAAGGAAUCUUGCAAUUGGUCCCUUCUUAGAUGAUCAUGAAAAUUCUUCAAUUUACAAUGAGUUUGAUUGGUCUGGAUUGAUAUCCUCCUCCUCCUCUUCAUCAUCUGCACUCCGUCGAUUAGAAUUAGCUGGGUUGCCACACAUGGAGUCACUGCCACAUCAGAUCCAACACGUGACCACUCUCACGUCACUAAUGCUAGAGGGCUUUGGAGGUGUAAAAGCUCUGCCAGAUUGGUUCGGAAACCUCGCUGCUCUUGAAAAACUAUAUUUAUUUGGUUUCAAAGAGCUUCGAUGUCUACCCUCUGAGGAUACCAUGAGAACUCUCACCAAACUAAAACGUCUGGAGGUUUAUGGUUCUCCUCUGUUAAAAGAAAGAUGCACUCCUGAGAGCAGCGGCCCCGACUCCCAGUGGUCCAAAGUUUCUCACAUUCAAGACCUAAUCAUAACCGGUUAAUAACCACUCAUCUUCAGAUCAAAUUCAAUCGUCUGACAAGUAAAUCAAGUAAUAAAAGGAAGCGUGAAGAUAGCAAAGAAGAAGGCGUGAUCUAAGAGGAAGAAACCAAGGCGUGAAUCAAGGACCACGCCUUUACUGGAAACCAACUCUGCAACCACGCGAAGGAAGCCAUUGAAGUUCUGCAACAACUUUCAGUUUCGUGUAACCAAAUUCACAGCCACUUGGCCACUUGGCCACUUGGACAAAUGCGAUUGGAGGACCAGAUGUUAGUUAUAGAUUGAUAGUUAUAAAUAGGGAAUUAAGGGAACGUAGCAGGUAGGAAUUUGUCUUGUAAUUCAACAGAAGUGAGCAUCAAAUCUCAUUCUGCUUUUUUCCUUCUUAAAAUUUCCUUCAUUCUCUUCCACCUUCUUAUUGUUCCCGCCAUUUCUGUAUUCUUUUACAGAUUAAUAGAAGCCAUUACUGAGCUCCAUUCUUAGCU